AGCGACCGAAGACUCGGAUACAGGCCUAAACAGAAUGGGAACUGUCAGUGCGAUCUGCAAGAGCACAUCCCAGGAGGGCUGGCCGCGCCAGGCCUCACGAAUUCAAGCCUCAAACUGCUCCAAAAGGCCUGUGAGCAGCGUCAGUCUGCAUUCGAAGAAGCGCAAGCCGUAGCUCGUGAACGACAAGAUCGCGCGAGACGUCAAAUAUAGCAUUGUUGCGUUGGUGAGCAAGCCCACGUAAUCGCGCGUGGGCAGCUGUGCUCUGCUGUUCAGCCCGGUGCAUUUUUGCACAUUGGCCCGGAAGCAUGUGUGAUCAUCCGGCUCUCUUGACAAGCUCUGGCCCUUACGCAGACAUUAGGACUGACGAAGGCGCGAGCAUCCCCACGGUGACGCAAGCGAAGAAUGCCCCCUCGCGCUUACGACCGUGUCCUGGCUUCACUCUUUGCCUAGCCUUCAAGGGACGCCGGCUUGGACCCGGCCAGAUGCGCAAGUUGCUCGAGAGGUACAACCUUCGGUCAUUUUACAUCAGCUUGAACGACCGCUCCAUCGAUGUUCGUAUGGAUGUCGACAUUGUGGUCCGCGUACACUCGACGGCCCUGCGUGCGGACGACGCGAGAUGCACGAAGAGUAUCGUACAGCGGUCGUCAGUGAUCCGAGAGCGACAUCCGUAUCUAUGUCCUCCCGUUGGUUGCGAGUGUGACUGCCUCGUGCUCAGCUUGUUUCGCAGCACCGAAUGGAUUGCAAAUCAAGGCGUACUCGGCCCACCCGACGAACCGAGUGGACACCUGGCCUUCGAGGCACUCUGGCUGCGCAAAAUCUUCGUUUUGUAUCCCUGCAACGAGCAAGACCGCGGCGACUGGGCGACUAGGACCAACGGCAUAACGGCAUCACUACUGGCAUCGAUAUUUAUCCUUCACAGGCGGCUUAAUGAGAGAAGUAACAUCAGCAGAACGUGCAGCGCGUCCUUGCAGGGCCUGAGUACAUACGCCCGUUAGCGGAAACUAUACUUUAGAAAACCUCCUGUGACCCAAAGCGGA